AUUGUAGUUUUCCUGAUAAAUCUCGUGAGUGGUUCAGUUAGUUCGUAUGUUCGAUUUAGGUCUGAACUAACAUCUUGGAAUACCUUUUUGUUAUAAAAACUUCAGGAUAUAAGUAUUUGAGCGGUCUAAAGAACCCAUAAGUCUCAUUGUCAGAUUUGGAGCACCGAAAAUGCUGGUGAUUACUAACCUUGCACUGCCGUUUACUUUAAAUAUUCGGUGAUCUUUACGUUGCCUAGUUACCCAAGCUACUCAACCCAAUAUCUGUUGGCAUAUAGUACUAAUAUUACUUAUAUCUAGCUUAUUUUUAAAGUUAGGUGAGCGCUUGAAUCCUCGAGCACUUUCUAAUUACAAAACUGCUUAUUGACUCACAGAAGCUUCUAAAGUACAGUUAUUGUCAGCUAAUCCCUUGAAAUGCCUUCUGAGUAUAAUAGUUGAGGGACACAAAAUAAAAUAAUGCAAAUAUGAGUAAAAGACUUAAAAAACCACUUGUGCAAUCUCGAAAUCACUUAGCUAGCGUGCAUCCCUUCACGCUUUUUCCCUCACGGACAAGUUCACCCUCGUCCACUGUAUUUUAUCAACUAAAAUAAUAAUAAAUAUCACAUCCUUGUUCAAAUGUCGCGAAAUGAUGCUUAUUGUGACAACUAUAAUACCAAAACUUGUCGUUUUUUAUGUUCAAUCAAACCAUAUACUUGUUAUUUUGCUUUACAAGUAAUGCAAGCACUAAUAAUAUGCAACGCAGAAUCUCCUGAGCUGGAGCAAUUAACCAUACAAGGUUCUGCUUCUUUACUCCCUCUGGGAAACGAAACUGUCCUAGCCAGAUUGAUGAGUAUUUUUAUUCUGAGCGAAAUAUCUGACAUAACAAUAGUUCACAACAAAGCACAGACAAUACGCCUAACAAAUUAUUUAAAUGAAAAUCGUCAACUUUGGCCUGACUAUAUGAAAGUUAACCUUCGCGAACUUCCUAACUUCUACUCCUUGUCCGAAACACUACAGAGAAUUCGCUCUUCAAUAACAUCCAACUAUCUAUUUAUAACUUAUUCCAAUACCGUUAUCAGUGAAAUCGAUUUACGGGACAUAUUUCUGACAAUGAUCAGGAAAAAAGCAUCAGUGGUGGCCGUAUUUUCAACUCUCCCUGCGACAGAAAGCAAACUUUUCAAGUCCAUUCCCAGUGAAUUAACUGUAACUACAAAUGAUCACAGUACCUUAAUUAGCUAUGUGCCCGCAAGUGAUGUAAAAAAGCAGUCUAAACUUUCUAAAAAUCUUAGCUCUCAACAGACUAUUUUAUGUCGUUCGGAUCUUAGAGAUUGCGGAUUAUAUUUGGUUUCCAGGGCAGCUUUGGAUCAUGUUGCUAAGCUAGGGGAAGAUAUAACUCACCGUAAAAGGUCUAUUUGGCAGUAUUUUUGGUCCGAACCUCCAGAGAUAAAUCAAGAAGCCAACGGAGAGUCUGAUGAAAAAUUCGAAACCAACAACAUAAAGAAUUAUAUUGAAUGCUAUCAAACAGGUGGAACGUGCAUUCAUGAACAUCGUGACAAAAUCAUUUCGGUCAAAUUUGAGGAUCCGUUGAUAUAUGCUGAGACAAAUCGCCUGAUUAUCCAGAAAUCCUGUAGUCACACUGGAUCGCAACAGUCAGGAAAGGAAUUUAAUAUUAUCCGAGAAAAUUGUACAGUGCACAAAAAAGCAUUCAUUCGUUCAAGUUUUGUGGGUUCUUCAUGCAAAAUUGGUUCUGAUGUACGAAUCUUAAACUCCGUUCUUCUUUCAAAUGUAGAGAUUAGGGAUAAUUGUACUGUUCAAGGAUGUGUUAUUGGUGAAAAAGCGGUUAUUGAAGAACUAUGUAAUUUAAAAAGUUGUACUGUCGCCGCAAUACAACGAGUACCAACAGGAACUAAUCUCGAAUCAAAGCAGUUAGGAUUUACAGAUCCAGAACUAAAUGCAACAUAA